AUGUCGGAUUCCUGCAGCAGAGCUACUGGCCAUUUCCACGCCGAUGAAGCCCUUGCCGUGUAUCUUCUUCGCAUGCUCCCAGCCUACUCCUCGUCCCCGCUUGUUCGCACCAGAGAUCCAGAGCAGCUGGCCUCCUGUCACACUGUUGUCGACGUUGGCGGAGAGUAUGACCCCGCGAGGAAUCGCUACGAUCACCAUCAGCGCACCUUUCAAGACACCUUUCCGAAUCAUACAACGCGGCUAUCUUCAGCGGGUCUAGUCUACCUGCAUUUCGGCAAGGCCAUUAUCGCCCAGCACAUGUCCAAGCCAAUUGACCACGAAGAUGUCCAGACUAUCUAUGAAAAGCUAUACGCCGAUUUCAUCGAGGCUCUGGAUGCCCACGAUAACGGCAUCUCAGUCUACGAACCACAAGCCCUUGCUGCUUCGGGCUUGGAAAAGCGCUUUCGUGAUGGUGGAAUCAACCUGGGUUCGUUGAUCGGAGACAUGAACCUCCCCGACCCUAACGACCGCCUUGAUGAGGAUAGUCUCUUCGCUAACGCGAGUACAUUUAUCGGGGAGACGUUUGCAAGAAAACUCCGUGCUGCAGUUAGCUCCUGGCUACCUGCUCGUGAGACCGUUCGGGCGGCGUACGAAUCUCGCUUUGAUGUUCAUUCCUCCGGCAGAAUCAUCAUACUUUCAAAGGGCGGGGUCCCUUGGAAAGAGCAUCUGUAUAACUUGGAGCAAGCAGCGCCGGGAAUGCCGACUACCACGCCGUCCGAUGUGCCAAUGCUAGGAAAGGAGGUCUACUACGUUAUCUAUCCUGAAUCCACCGAUCCAGCUGCAAACUGGCGGAUCCAAUGUGUUCCUACGGAUGCAUCAAGCUUUGAGUCUAGGAAGCCAUUACCGGCCCCAUGGCGCGGAGUGCGCGACCAGGAUCUUGACGGUGUCCUUGCUGCUGAAACUGAAACUAAAAAUCUCUCUCCGAUUCCCGCAGGGGCGAUCUUCGCUCAUGCAAGCGGAUUCAUUGGUGGGCACAAAACGAAAGAGGGUGUUCUCGCGAUGGCAGACCGAAGCCUACAAUACAACUGA